AUGGCGGUAGAUUCCCAAUCAGCUCGCCAGAACCAGAUGGCCCAUGAGUUAGGUUAUUUUUUGGCGCAGAAAAUGAGCCACCAUAACUCUUCGAGGUCUUUCGCUCCGCUAGCGCCAGGCCCACCACGCGUGGUCGCACCACAAUCAUCGAUGGCCGUGGGCAAGCCGAAAAAGAAUUCUACAGCAUGUCUGGCAUGCAAAGCAGCCAAGAGGAAGUGCUCUGGACCUCCUUCCCCAUGCAAAGCUUGUGUCAGCGCCGGUGCCGAGAGCGAUUGUCAUUUCGACCCAAGCAAAGAUCUGAGGCGCCGAGUCGCCGUCAAACGAACGAUCCAGGAGUUGACAGAUCACAAAGAUCUGCUCGACUCACUGUUGGCAACAUUGCGUUCGGCACAUAUGGAUAAGGUGAACGAAUUGGUGAUGUUGGUGAGGAGCAAUGGGUCUUUAAGCGAAAUUGCCCAUGCAGUAGGAAGCCCCGUCACGCGAUUCACAGAUUCAAAAUUUUUGUCAGCCGCGAGUCUGUCAUUGUCAGAAGAUAUGGAUCAGCACCUGGAUGCGGGACUCAUAGCGCAGCUCCAGCGAAGGAGGGGUUCAGACCUUGAGUCGGCUACCGGUUCUUCAGAGCAAGACAAGCUGAAGGUCUCACCACAAGUCGCACUUGAUCCUUAUGCACGAGUGACCUUAGAAAACCUCUGCGACGUUCCCUUAUUGGAAGUCCCGGCCACGCCGUGGACAGACGUUACGGAUGACAAUGACCUUGUAUCGCAUCUUGUUUCGCUGUACUUCACAUGGGAUCAUCCAUGUGUCCAGUUUUUGGAUCAAAACAAAUUUCUUGAACAUAUGAGACGAGGAGUGCUAGACUCCGAGUUUUGCUCUCCGAUGCUGGUCAACAGCAUCUUGUCCAUGGCCAGUACUUAUUCUGAUCGGCCGGGCGCGUUCUCAGAUCCUGAGGAUACAUUUUCGCGUGGUCAACAUUUUCUCCUGGAGGCAGAGAGGUUGUUCCGGGCUGAGGAAGGAGCACCCCGUUUAACAACUGUCCAGGCUCUUCUUUUGAUGAGUUGUGUGAUGUCGUGUCAGGGUAAGGCCAAUAUGAGUUGGCUGAUGCUGGGACUUGCGAUCCAAAUGGCACGGGAUUUGGGUUUGUUUGGGCAACGAAAUGGCCAUCAUUGUGGCGAAGAUCAGUCGAAGGAAAUCAUAGAGGUUCACACCAUUACGGCAUGGAGCAUAUUCAGCUUGAACCUACAAAUGUCAACGAGGCUUCAAAGGGAGCAUAGCUUAAUACAACCCGUAUAUGGUAUUGAAGUUGGAGGACACAAUGAUUGUGAUUGGACCCCGUAUCCGCGGUCAAACCAGGUCACUUUUGCGACCCAGCCCGCGCUUCUCCCUCAAAUGCGAAAGGGGCUCUCCAAUUUAACCCAGAUUCAGAUUCACAUCCAUGGCAUUAUGAAUGAGCACAUGCGUGGGGAUUUCUGCAUUCUCCUGGGUAAAGCCGAGGGCCCAUAUAAAAGUUUACAGCAAUGGCUGGCUACUUGGCCAGAUACCUCACAGCUUAAGAAAGAGCCAGUCCCACAGCUUCUGAUUCUCCGUCUCCAAUGCUUGCAAGCGGUCACAAACCUCCUUGAACAUCUGAUUGAACGUGAUUCACAAGUAUCCGUGGCCCGUGAUUUGCGGCAGCAGUGGUGCGAAUACAUGGAGGAAAUGAGUCGGUGUCUUCGUAUCUACCGCACUUCAUAUGGGCUCCGGCAUAUCCCUAGCCAGUUGGUUGCAGUGGUUCAAUCAGGUCUUCACGCACUCUUGUAUCAGCUAGACGAGUCUGUCGAAGCAAAGGAUGUAUUUAUAGAGCUUUCUCGUCUUGCGAUUGGUCUGAGUCAGAGGUUCAAACCAAUAGCAAACUCAAUCGACACAAUUAUAUCGUUGUCCCAACGCGGGACUGCGAACCUCCCCCCUGAGGCCAUUGCGGUCCUCGAUGGCUCGGAAACUUGA